UUUUGUAUCUGUGUAGCGUCAAGAUAUUAACGUCAAGUAAUCAAACGCAAAAGUGAAUACUUCAAUUCUGAAAUGCACCAAACCAAUCAACAGACACCAAUCGCCUUUGCUACUCUAUCUAAGAAGGAAACGAAAUUAAACUUGAAAAUUAGUAAUUUGUCAACUUUUAGUGAUUAACACUGUGUAGUUUUGAGUGAACCUCUAUUAUUAAAAAAAUCAGCAUAGAAGCAUAAACCAACCUGAUUAUAGUGUUAAUGCAUUAAGUACAAACGCUGUGCUAUAAAAUUUAUAACCAUGUGUGCCUAUUCUAUUUGACUUUUGUAAGAAUAUUAUCAAUAAUUUUAUCAGCUUUCACGAUAAUAUCCAUUGUUUUAAAAGUGGGAUUUUAAACAGCUUAAAUAAAACGUUACGAUCUUGCACAAGUAUGACACAUUUAGCUAGUGGCCGUGCUUAAAAGUUUUUUGGAAUGACGUUGAAUCAAUAACCAGGACUAAGUUAUUGACAUUGGUUUACACAUGGGAACACACUGAAUAUUUGUAAUUGUUAAACUAUUUAAAAAAAUAUAAAAUGGGGAAGUAUACAGGAAAGAAAUGCCGUUUAUUAUCAAUGUUAUGGCUAACAGGAAGCUUUUUCAUAGUGGAGUUAGUUGUUGGAUAUGUAACAAAUUCCAUGGCAUUGGUAGCAGACUCCUUUCACAUGUUGAGUGAUGUUGCCGCCCUUGUCAUCGCUUUUCUAUCAGUAAAGAUGUCACCGAAGAAAUGGUCAAAGAACACAUUCGGAUGGGCGCGCGCGGAAGUACUCGGUGCCUUAGUUAAUGCAGUCUUCCUUGUGGCACUGUGCUUCAGCAUCACAGUGGAGGCUGUUCAGAGGUUUAUCAAUAUUGAGACGAUACACAAUGCGAAACUAUUGGUCGCUGUUGGAACAUUGGGACUAGUUUUAAAUAUCGUUGGACUUUUCCUGUUUCAUGAACACGGCAGCAGUCAUGGCCACACACACGGCGGUGUUCCACCUCCAUCGAAUGUCAGACACCUCACAGAGUUAGUGAAUAGCAAUGCGGACAUGGCCCUUGGCCAUGCGACCACAGAUAAUGAAGAGACAGACGAAAUGGUACCACCCAAAGUUGACAAGCUACCGAAGAAGCAAGCGCCGAAAAGUACUGACCCGGGGCACUUAAAUAUGAAGGGAGUAUUUUUACACGUGCUCUCCGAUGCUUUAGGCUCAAUAAUAGUGGUUAUAUCAGCGUUAGUUGUAUGGUUGACUGAAUGGGACUACCGAUUUUACAUUGACCCAGCCCUUAGUAUAGUGUUAGUUAUAUUAAUACUUACCUCAGUGUGGCCACUGUUAAGGGAGUCUGCACUUAUUUUGCUACAAACUGUACCUACACAUAUACAGGUGGACGCGAUACAAAGGCGUCUGUUGGACGAGGUCGACGGUGUGUUGGCGGUACAUGAAUUUCACGUGUGGCAGUUGGCUGGAGAUAGGAUUAUUGCCAGUGCGCAUAUAAGAUGUAGGAACUUAUCAGAGUACAUGAAGAUAGCUGAGAAGGUGAAGGAAUUCUUCCACAACGAGGGCAUUCAUUCGACAACAAUACAGCCCGAGUUUGUGGAGUUACCCUUAGAUGGAAAUGAGAUGAUCAGCUCGUCAGCAGAAGCUCCGUGUGCGUUACAUUGCCCGGCUAACGACUCCUGCCACAACGCGACGUGCUGUGGCCCGAACCAACAGAAACAAAGUACACCAUCUCCGACCGUCACUCCGUACUUGUGCCGGCAGAGGAAUAUGGGAUCCAGAACGGAGUCCCUGAACUCGAAUCUAGCUACAGGCAAUCAGGCAAAUCCGAGUGCAAGGAAUUUAGAUGCCUUAGAAUGCGGGUCCCUUUUGCCAUCACCUAUGGGAGAAAACCGACUCGCUGUGUGACAGACGGCCUCCUAACACACAGCCACCGUAUCCCCAAUACAUGUUAGUUGUGUUACAAAUUAUAUAUAAGUUAUAAUGUUUCGAAGUUAAAUCAUUGCUGGACUUUGUUUUUCAAAUUAUUGUAAAUUCAAAUAUUCAUAUUUUAAAGAUGAAUUUAUUAGCUGUAUGCGAUAAUUGGACUAUUUAAAAAUUUUAAUUCGACCAAGUAGUUCCUGAGAUGAGCACGUUCAAUCAAACUUUUAGCUUAUACUAAAAUAUUUUUGGUUAAUAAAACUUUUGGCGUACUUAAAGCCGUUACCUAUAUUUAUCAUUUCAGUUAUGGAAGAAUAAAUUAAAAAUUAAACACCAAAUUAGGGCAGCGCUCGAUGGGCAUAAUUGGAACUAUUACUUAGAAAAUAUUUGUCAAUUUAUUUCGAUAUAAAUCAUCUUUAAAAUAUGUAACGCACAAUUCUACCAAAACGUGUCAGUAUUGUUAAAUAUGCUACCAAAUAAACAAGAUAAAUAUGUUCUUAGAAAUAAGCGUUUCUGAUUAAAUAUAUAUACCUCCAAAGUUGUUGCCACGGUACAUAUGGAAUUUAUAUCGACUAAUCGAAGGAUAAUAUCGAAAUUUGAUUUCUAUGUAAAAUUCCGGAGCUGUCAAAUAUGAAGUUUGACAGUUGUGUUUUUGACAGUGCUUCAUUUGUGUCAUUGAUAAUUUUAGCUUUAACGAAAUUGACAAUGAAUUGGCAGGCGUAACUAUUUUAAAACCGCUCAUUCGUUUUUAGAUAUCUGCACCAAAAAAUGUUAUUCUUCGAUCUGUUUAAAGUUGUCAGUUUAAAAAUCCGUUGAUAUAUGGUAAGAUUUUAGGCAGUAAUUUCGUUAGUUAUUUCUUCAUAUAAGAAUUACAAACAUUUUGUUGACUAAUGUUUUGCAUAGAUUCUUGUUUUGGGUUCGAAGGCGCUCCAAAAUAUUUACAACUAGACAAAUGUCAAGUCAACGAAAUUUCGUUGCAAUUUUAGUGGUAAAUUAUUGCGGUUUGUCUAGAGCUCUUGAAGUGUUGCCAGCGUUUUCUUUGAUAAUUCAUAGGUAAAUUUUUAGGCAUAUAAGUAUACCAGGGUUGAUAUAUUAGAAUAUUUCCAUUUAUAUGCACAGUUUCAAAAUAAGUACAAGCAUUGUAGUUAUAUACCGUGUUCAUUGACUAUUAUUCUUAUGAAUAUAUAUUUUUAGUUAUCUAAAUUAAUUUGGCUAAUGGGUGGUAAUUGGAACGUUAAUCGAAUGGUAAUUGAGCAGCGCUUCGUAUAUAUUUGGAACACAGUGGAAAAAUAUACAGUAUUGAUUUUUAAGAAUACUUGACAUAACUAUCGAAACGUAUUCGUAUACAGCAAUAUGAUUAACAGGUAUGAAAUUUAUACGCGCUUCCAUAGUUUCUAAUACGCCCACAGAGCGCUUAGGUUUUAUAUAAAAUUAUCCUUACUUUUCUAUUAGCUAUUCGAUUAUUGUUCAUGAUAGAUCAGUCUAUUCACUAUUCUCUAUGGCUGAUAAAGUUUACCCCUUCAGAACUGAAUGGGCGCAAACGUAUGUCUAUAUAAUAAUACUAUAUAAAUUCUAUAUUACAUUCUUGUUAAAAUUCAGUACAAUAAUCCUGUCUUUUAUUUAUACUAUAAUAUUUAACUUAACCGGAGCAAGUAUUCAAUUAAAAUCAUCGUAAAAUAAAUAAACAUUAAAUAAAUGUUGUUUCUACUCGGUAAAUUAAUAGACUAGUUUUAAAAAGGUGAUAUAAAUAUUUAUUUGCUAGAGAUGUUGUUAAAAUGAAACAGGAAUAAUAUUUUAUAUUUUUAUUUAGAUUGUUCCAAGCAUUGUUCACACCAAAUAUAGUGUGCAUUUCUAGGUUAAGUAAUCUAAAAUAAUUUGUGACAAUAUAAACUAAUCACGUCUUGUAUGAUGAUAAAUGAUAUCUUGGAGAACAGACUUUCAUAUAAAGAAAAAAAUAUAAACAUAGAUUAUAAAUUCGCCUUGCGACCAGGCUAAGGUUUUUCGACCGUACGGUCCUUUAAUGUCGAAAUCAUAUUUUCAAAAGUCGAACGAAUAUUCGCAAAAAGAGACUGUAGAACUGUAACACAUAUUUGUUACGUUUAAAAUGUCACCGUCAUUAAUUAUUUGAAAAUUUAAAAUGAAUGAAUCUUCUCGAUCUACACGACACUAGCGAACUACCUAGUGCCCAGUUGGCAUAAAUAAAAGCCAUAAACAAGAAAAAAAAAUGAAUGAAAAACAUAAAUAUAGAGCAGUUUUGUAUUGUCACAAAUUGGAAUAUUAACAAAAAAUGUUUUUUAUACUUAAAACAUGUGAUCGUUUUUAUUAUAAGAAAAUUAUUAAAAAUUCAUUAACAAAGGUUCGUAAAUAAACAUUUUUUUUAGAUAUGUGGUCUUGAACGCCUCAUCGUUUAAAUCAAGUGUUAUGAUAGUGAAAUAUGUUAUAGGUAAAUACCAGAAUAAGCUUUUCAAGUUUUAUACUUUAUUUAUACAAUUAUGCAUAAUUUAUAGGUGUGUAGACUCGGCUUGGGCUCGGUCAUAUUUGGGUUUCAAUAUUUUGCAAACAAUUUUUUUUCUGCACCAUAUCGCAAGCGGCGUUUUAUAGCAAGUUGGAACAUAAUGUAUUGUAUAUACGGAUUUUAAUUAAAUAGGUGUUUGAAAGGUAUUAAAAAGUUGUAUACAAUUUGCAAAAUACUGAAAACCAAACAUAUGUAUGUUUGAGACAUUGACAAAAUACUGUUGUUAUGGUUCGAAUGUUAGUGAAAUUGUGAAAAUUUUCACAGUUAAUAAAAAUAUAUGAAUUAAA